UUUCACUUCUCCGCUUCAGUCGUCGCGUUUGUCCACAGCUGAUCCACUGCAUCCUAUCCUCCCCUCCCCUCUCUCUCUAAAGCUUUCUCUCUCUAAAACUCUCCCUCUUCUGACUUCAUUUUCCGUCUAAUUCAAUGUCUAUCUCCUCCUCCAACACAUCCAUGUAUGGUGAUAUUAUCUUCUCUGCAACUUCAUGGCGUCUUCUUAUGUAUGGUGAUAUUAUAUUUUUUUUCAUAUAAUUUCUAGCUCUUUCCACGGUUCCCCUCUCUAUACAUACAUAUAUAUAUAUAUAUAUAUAUCAGACUUUCUCUCUUUUAACAGUCUAUGUGAUGGAUAGUCGGACAGCUUUAUCAGAUUCAAUGGAUUUCAGUGGAAGCAGUAGCAUAUGCUGUGCUGCCAACACCUCCGAAACAAUAUCCCCUGAAAUUUCAGCUCCAGAGAUAGCUGCUCUGAAUCGGCUCUCUGUAAAUCUCGAAUCAAUCUUCGAAUCGUCGCAGGACUUGGACUUCUUCGCCGACGCAAAGAUUGGAGUCUCUGACGGCCGAGAAGUCGCGGUCCAUCGGUGCGUUUUAUCGGCGCGGAGUCCUUUUUUCAAGAAUGUGUUUGCCUGUAAAGAGAGAGGAGUGAACUUAGAGUUGAAGGAAUUGGCGAAAGAGUUUGAUGUUAGCUUCGAUGCGUUGGUUUCGGUUUUGGCCUAUUUGUAUAGCGGGAAGGUCAAACCAUUGCCGGAAGGUGUUUGUGUUUGUGUGGAUGAGGAGUGUCGGCAUGUCGCGUGCCGGCCGGCGGUGGAUUUUAUGGUUGAGGUGCUCUAUGCAUCUUUUGUAUUCGAGAUAUCUGAAUUGGUUUCUCUAUAUGAGAGGCAUCUACUAGACAUUCUCAACAACAUUGCAGCAGAUGACAUUUUGGUGGUUUUAUCUGUUGCAAAUACGUGCAGUAAAGUGUGUGAGAGAUUGCUUGUGAGGUGCAUUGAGAAUAUAGUCAGAUCUGAUAUUGACGUGGUAACUAUGGAUAAAGCAUUGCCCCAGCAUAUUGUAAAACAAAUUGUGGAUUCACGUAUGCAAAUUGGCUUGCACGAGCCUGAAAGCAACAGCUUUCCUGACAAGCACGUGAAAAGAAUACAUAGGGCCCUGGAUUCUGACGACGUUAAAUUAGUUGAAAUGCUUCUAGAAGAGGGACAUACUACUCUUGAUGAUGCACAUGCACUCCAUUAUGCUGUGGCUUAUUGUGAUGCAAAGACAACAACAGAGCUUCUUGAUCUCUCACUAGCCGAUGUUAACCGCAGAAAUCCAAGGGGCUACACUGUGCUUCAUGUUGCUGCAUUACGGAAAGAGCCUAAUAUUCUAGUAUCCCUUCUAACAAAGGGAGCCCAACCAUCUGAUCUCACAACAGAUGGCAGAAAAGCACUUCAUAUCUCAAAGAGGCUAACAAGGGCUGUUGAUUAUUUUAAGUCCAUUGGGGAAGGAGAAGAUUCCCCCAAGGAGCGCUUGUGCAUUGAAGUUUUGGAGCAAGCAGAAAGAGAUCCACUUCUAGGAGAAGCUGCUUUUUCUCUUGCUGUGGCAGGGGAGGAUUUGCGUAUGAAGCUGUUGUACCUUGAAAAUAGAGUUGGACUGGCGAAAAUGCUGUUCCCCGUGGAGGCAAAAGUCGCGAUGGACAUCGCUCAAGUAGAUGGAACUUCUGAGUUUACGAUAGCUGGCAUAAACUCUAAGAACCUGGCUGGUAACGGGGUGGACUUGAAUGAGUCAUUUUUCAAGAUCAAAGAAGAGCAUCUAAAUAGGCUAAGAGCCCUCUCCAAGACAGUGCAACUUGGGAAACGCUACUUUCCUCGCUGUUCAGAAGUACUAAACAAGAUAAUGGAUGCUGAUGACAUAACAGAGCUAGCUUGCGUACACAAUGACACCCCAGAGCAGCGACGAUUGAAGAGGCAAAGGUUCAUGGAACUCCAAGACGUUCUUAGUAAGGCGUUUACCCAGGAUAAAGAGGAAUAUGACAGGUCUAACAACAUAUCAUCUUCAUCGUCCUCGACAUCCAUUGGAGGGGUGAAGCGUAAUGAUAGAUUCGCCUUCAAGAAAUAGACGCUCAGAUAUGAGAGAUGCAGAAAAGCAUCUUCUUGUUGUUGUAUCAUAUAUAUCAACUUCUUUUUCUUUAUCUUUUUAAUUCAGCUUUUAGAAAUGAAUUUUGUACAAUAAAUUUUUAUUUAUUUUUCGUUAAACCAUAACAUUGAUUGUCCCAUUAAUUACACAAUGCAGAACAUUGGAUUUUUCUA